AUGUCGGCUUCCGUCGUCCAUCGUCACUUCCUCCUCCUCGCCGUCGCCCUGGUUGCCUUGGCGAUGACGCUGUUGCUGCCGGCCGGCGCGGAGGACACCAUCCUGGGCCACAAGUGCGGCAUGCCUGCGGCGGGCAACGCGAGCAGCGACGCCUACAGGUCCAACCUCAACGCGCUGGCCGCCAUCCUCGUCGCGGGCGCGAGGGCCAACGGCUCGGCCGUCGGCGCGGUCGGCGCGCCGCCCGACGCCGCCUACGGCGUCGCGCUCUGCCGCGGGGACUUCACGGGCGACGCCUGCGCCCGGGGGCUCGGCGACGCCCUGCGCAGCGCCGUCAACGACUCCGAGAGCGCCUUCGGCUGCGGCCGGCAGGUCAGGGACGUGACGCUCUUCUACGACCGGUACCAGCUGCGGCUAUCCGGCGUCGACUUCCUCUCCGGCGACGAGCCGCGGUGGGCGGGGAACAAUACCAACUUCGUGGCGCCCGCCGACGCCGCGCAGCGGUUCGACGGGCUCGUCAAGGAGCUGGUGACCACCAUCGCCGCCAUCGCCGCGGAGAGGCCGGACAGGUACGCGACGGGGCGGUCGCGGUUCGAGGAGCAGCGCCUGACGCUGUACGGGCUGGUCCAGUGCACCGUGGACAUGUCGCCGGAGCGGUGCCGGGCGUGCCUCGACGGCCUCAUCUCGGCGUUCCCGGCGACGUUUCGUCCCAGUGGGCAACAUGGCGGCCGAAUCCUGGUGCCGCGCUGCACGGUGCGCUACGAGACAGACGACACGUUCUUCAACACAGCCAACCUGUCAGUCGACCUGCACAAGCCCAAACCGAGCAAAUCUUGGCUCUGGGCGACCAUAGCGGUUGUCUCCGUAUUGGUGUUGGCUGCUAGUUUUCUUCUCCAUAGAUGGAGAAAAAUACGAAGGAAAAGAGAACUUGCUCGGUUGGAGCUAAGAAGGUUGUCGCUUGCUGUGAAAAGUGUGAUCAAUCUAUGGAGAAUGGAAGAAGGCAACUCCGGGUUUUCGCUCUACGACCUUUCUCAGAUGAAAGGUGCUACAAAUGGGUUUUCCAUUGAAAACAAACUUGGCCAAGGUGGUUUUGGUGCUGUAUAUAAGGGCCUGUUGCCUGAUGGGCUUGAAAUUGCAGUGAAAAGACUUGGUCCCCGUUCUUUACAAGGUUUGCUAGAGUUCAAGAAUGAGAUCCAGCUCAUUGCAAAGCUUCAGCACAGGAGUCUAGUCAGGCUGUUGGGCUGCUGUAUUGAAGGGGAGCACGAGAAGAUUCUGGUCUACGAGUACAUGCCAAACAAAAGCCUAGACCUCAUCAUCUUCGACAGUAAAAAAGGAGUGUCACUAGACUGGCCUAAACGUCUGAAUAUAAUCAAUGGUAUAUCUCAGGGGCUUCUCUACCUCCACGUACAUUCACGCCUCUGCGUGGUCCACAGGGAUCUCAAAGCCACCAACAUUCUCUUGGACAGCGAGAUGAACCCCAAAAUUUCAGAUUUUGGGAUGGCUAGGAUAUUCAGCUCCAGCGUGGCCGAGUCAAACACCACUAGAAUUGUAGGCACACAUGGCUACAUAGCUCCAGAGUAUGCCUCGGAUGGAGUUUGCUCUGUCAAAUCUGACGUCUUCAGCUUCGGCGUCCUGCUCCUGGAGAUCAUAAGCGGGACGAUGACCACUGGGUCCUACAGAUACGAUGGCAAAUUGUACAAGCUCAUCGCAUAUGCUUGGCUGCUCUGGAAAGCCGGGCAAUGGCAGGAGCUGGUCGAUCGCUGUUUAAUAGGGAAUCAGGAAUACCACUUCACGAUGGAGAGAUACGUUCAUGUGGCCCUUCUCUGCGUUCAGGAGAGCGCGGACGACCGCCCCGCCAUGGAUGAGGUCGUGAAGAUGCUGAGCAGCGGCGAGGGCGCGGUCCUCCCGGAGCCGAAGCGGCCGGCGUACUUCAACGUGCGCCCCGUGGGCACGGAGAUGUCCGCAUCCUGCGACAUGAGCAUUAGCAUAACCUUGUCGAGAUAGCAGUUGCUGUCAUGUUACCACUUACCUCUGCAGUGUUUGUAUGUAUAGCCCAUAUGUUGUAGUAGCAUACUGACAUCCAACGUGGUGAUCUGUAUGUAGUCUGUUCAUAUGUUCCCUCAUGUAUAACAUACGAUCCUGUACCUAUUGCAGUUGCAGUUCAGGAAUUGUGC